AAUCCGAGGUCAGUCACUGGGUCAACCUGUCCCAUGACAGUGAUGCAAGCAAAACUUUUAUAAUAUCGCAUUUCUUAGCUAUAUGCUGUAAGAAAUGGAGUCAGUUGUGGCUUUUGUGAGCAGUUUGCUGGCUAACCUAACCCUCCAGUCCGCUCUGGUACUGGUCCUGGUCUUUUUGGCGGCCUACUGGCUACUGGGCAGCGGUGGACGGCCGAAGAACCUCCCGCCAGGGCCGAGAGGGCUGCCCCUGCUCGGUAACCUGCUCAGUUUUCGCCCGAGCCACCUGUUACAGAACCUGACGGUCUGGAGGCGGCAGUACGGGGAUGUGGUCUGUGUGAGGAUCGCCAACAGACUGGCUGUGGUGCUCAAUGGGCACAAGGCCAUCCAGGACGCGCUGGUCAAGCAACCUGAAGUAUUUUCUGACCGACCUCCUCCAUUCAUAGGCACGGACAAGGACCAAGGAGUUGCUAUGGCACAGUAUGGAGACGAUUGGAAGGUGAAACGCAAACUAGGUCUGACCGCUCUACGUCAGUUCGGUAUGGGCAAACGUAGUCUGGAGGGCAGGAUCAUAGAGGAGGCACACACCCUGUGUGACAUCAUUGCGGAAAAAGAAGGCGCUGCAACGGACACGUCGCUCCUUCUCUCCAACGCCGUUUCUAACGUCAUCUGUUUCAUGGCAUUCGGCGAGCGAUUCGAGUACAACGACACGGAGUUUCAGAGACUCAUGCUUUGGAUGUCGGAGAUUGUAAGUGGUUCUGGCGGACGAGGUUCGUCUAUCGCUCGGUUUAUCCCCCUGGUCCGCAAGUUGCCCUACUUCAAUAAGGAACAAAGCAGACGAAUAAACAUAAUGAAACAGAUCAUUGCAUUCAUCAAAGCCAAGAUCGAAGAACACCAGGAGACUUUCGACCCCUCCGACAUCCGGGACAUUAUAGACGUGUACUUGAUGGAGACUCAACAGCAGACCCCGGAUGGAGCGGACAGUUCCAUUUCAGAAAUGGGGAUGAUCAACACGGUGAGGGACUUGUUCAUCGCAGGAGCAGAAACCACAGCUACGACCCUGAAGUGGGGACUGCUCUAUCUGGCGCGACAUCUGGAGGUGCAGCAAAAAGUGCAGGAGGAGAUUGACCGAGAGUUCGGCGCCAGUCCUCCGAGCCUGUCCCAGCGAGGGAAGCUGCCCUAUACCGAGGCAACCAUCCUGGAAAUCCAGCGGAUUCGGCCCAUCGCACCGCUCAGUGUUCCUCACACCACCUCCACUGCGACCGUUCUGCGCGGAUUCGACAUCCCGGCGAACACUUUCGUCAUCCCCAACCUGUGGUCGGCCAUGAUGGACCCGGAAGUGGCACCGGAACCCGAAACCUUCAACCCUAGCAGGUUCCUUGACGAAGAAGGAUCACUCAUCCGUCCUGAGUGGUUAAUUCCUUUCUCACUGGGACGGCGUCAGUGCCUUGGUGAACAACUGGCCAAGAUGGAACUGUUCAUCUUCUUGGCAACCUUGCUGCAGCACUUCACAUUCAAACUGCCAGAGGGCGCCCCUGCACCGUCAAUGGAAGGCACCCUGGGUGUUGUUCUUGCACCCAAACCCUACCAGAUUUGCGCCGUUCCAAGGGAUAAUUAGAGCAUUUUUUUUAUACUUUUAACCGUAUAUUUAGAAUAUGGAUUGUACAAAAUACGAAUAAUUUGCAUAUAAACACUUGCAGGAAGGGGCAAGGCCGGGUGUUUAGUCAUUAUAGUGUUGUCAUCAGUACGUGGGGGUUGGCUAACAGCGUAAAAAAAACUCAUAUCUUCGCCAAAUGAUGUUAAACUUGACGAUUGUUUCCCAUUAAUUUUGCAAAGAAGAUCCUCAUUUGCCUGAAUUAUAUCAGUUGAUCAUAUUCGCUAACCAAUCAACAACUGAUCGGCGUGCAGUUUCAUAGAAUUCCACAAGGUUGCGUCUCACACUUACUUACUUACUUACUUGGGCCCUUGGCCCCGUGCGGAGGCCACCAAUGAUCCUCUUCCAUCCAGCUCGAUGGUUACACUGGUUCACUGGUUAUUAAUUAAAUAUCAGUGGGGCAAGAAAACUUUCCUUUCCUCAAAUCUUUCCCAUCCCUACUCUUCCCCAAUUACAUCAUUAUGACACUGACAUGUUCAGGGCCAUCAAGUAAACCUCUCAAAUAGAUUUAGCAGCAUCAGUUAGCCGUGUGUUUUAAACA